CAAAUUCUGUAGUAGUCCACUUCUGUUCCACCCUUUCCCUGGUGGACUCCAUAACUGCGGUCAACUCCAUCUUAUUACUGAUUCAUCACUGCGGAAUGAACUCAUUAAACACAAGGGGGGCAUGGGCCUCUAUGGCGAGCUGAUGUAUCCGAUCGAAAGAGCUUGGAAAGAGCAGGGGGGGAUUCGAGCAAAAUCAAAGGUGCCUUGCAGCUUCGGUGGUGGAAGAAGAAACCAGUUGUUGAUGCUGGUAGGUCUGGUGGUUUCAAGCUAGCAGUUACAUGGCGAUGCUGAGGCCGGCGGCCAUGGAUUUGUUCCUGUCGGCGACGUCCAUCGUCUCCAACGCCAACGAAUGGUUCGAGUUCCUCGGCACGGCCUUCUCCGCCGCGUCGUUGCUGCUAUCCCGGUGGAGGCGUCGGCGGCAAGGGGACGAGGCGGAGAGGAGGCAGCUGCAGUGGAAAGGGCAGGACGCGAAGAUGAAGCAGCUCCACUACUGCAUGCUCCAGCUCCCGGAUCUGAUCCACCAUGCCGAGUGGCUCAGCUUCGUCAAGGACGACAAGGAGGUGGCCAAGCUCCUCCCCGAGCUCAAGGCCAGGGUGCACGACGCCUACGACCUCCUCGAGGAGUUCAAUCACCACCACCAUCACCAGCAGCAGCUCCAACUGGAUCUGGGUCAGGACGCCGCCGCGGAGAAGGCCGGGGACGAUUUCUUGCAGAGCAUCGCCGGUGGCAACACGGUGAGGGAGAUCCUGGAUGAUCUCAACUGCCUGAGGAACACGCUUGAGGGUGUCAUUGACCGCCAUGCUCGCUCCGAGCCGCAUCAGAUUGGCAAGCUGCUGAGGCCGGCCAUGACCUCUUUCUAUGACAAAUCCAAGUUCCGCAGCCUUGAGGAUGAGGUGAAUGAGCUGCUCGAGUUACUCGGGGUGAAGAUCUGCUCGGCACGGCCACACAAGCGGCGAAUCAAAGGCGAAACCGCUUCGGCUAGCAAGAGGACCAAGCGGAACAGCGGUGUCCCUUCUGCAUCCACCAGGACAUCAUGCAGCAAUCAGGAAAUUGCAUCUGACAAUGUAACUGUCUUAGCGAUAUCUGGCAUUGGUGGUGUUGGGAAAACUACUUUGGCUCGGCAAGUUUACAAUGAUGAGAGGGUCAAGGGGUAUUUUGAUGUCAGGAUCUGGAUUUCUGUCUCGGAUGAUUUCAAUGUCAAGAGAUUAACUAAGGAGUUCAUAGAGUUCGCUCUUGCGAAUUGGAUGCAGUCUGAUAAUCUGUGUAACCUCCAGCAGAGUCUCACUGAAAGCAUUGUCAAGUUUAGGUUCUUGCUUGUUCUUGAUGAUGUGUGGGACGAUGUAUAUGCUAAUCAAGACAACAGAUGGCAGAAUUUCCUUGAGCCAUUGAAGUCUGCCCAACAAGGGAGUGCGAUUCUGUUGACGACAAGGUCUCAAAGGGUUGCGGAUCUAGUGAAUGAAAACAGGCACUUCCGACUGGAAGGUCUGCCGCCUACCAUUUUCGAUGAAUUUUUUGAGGCGUGUGCAUUUGGCUCAGAUCGCUGCGGUGUUAAUCCAGAACUGAACCCCAUUGGGAAAAGGAUAAUUCCACAGCUGAAGAGGUGUCCUUUAGCUGCUGAAACUCUUGGACGUUUACUGAAGCCUAUGCUGGAUAGAGAGCACUGGAAUCAGAUUGCAGGAAGUGAGUUGUGGGAGCUGAAACAGGAGAAAUAUGACAUUUUGCCAGUCCUUCGCUUGAGCUAUCUGUAUCUACCUUCCUAUCUGAGAAACUGUUUUUUGUUUUGCUCCAUGUAUCCUAAAAACCAUCAGUUUGACAAAGAUACUCUGGUGAACAGUUGGAUAGCAGCUGGGUUAGUUGAGUCCUGCAAGGGUGGCAAGCUAGAAAGCAAUGGAUACCAAUAUUUUGAGGAUCUACUGCAUAGAUCCCUUCUUCAGAAGGAAUCAAACAGCCCAACGGAUUCCAAGUAUGUUAUGCAUAAGCUGAUCCAUGAUAUGGCACAACUGAUUUCUGAGCACGAGUGCUUCAUUGUAAAAGGCGAAACUGAUCUGACAAAAAUCCCUCAAGGCGUUCGCCAUCUUUCAAUAAUUGGCAGUAGUAGUCUCAGUGAAACCAACCUAAUAAUGGUAUGCAAGUACAAAACGCUGCGCUCCAUUGUGUGCCAUGGUGUUGAGACUUACAUACUUACUGCUGUAGCGAAGUACUGGUUUGAAGAACUUACCAAAAUACGAAUGCUGGGUUUCCUGUCCUGUGAGGUGAACUCUCUGCCUGAGAACAUUGACAACCUGAAGCUUCUCCGGUACCUGAAUAUCAGCGAUUGUACUUUCGAAGAGCUUCCUCAAUCUUUUUGGCGACUUCAGAAUUUACAAAUUGUAGAUGCUCAGAAAUGCCGUGUCCAACAAAUUCCUGAUGACUUCAAUCGAUUGGGUAAUUUGCAGAGAUUUAAGUUGAGGGGUAGAAUUAUCAAACAACCCGGCACUUAUGAACUUUAACUUACAAGAUAUCCCGUGAGAUUGAUGAAUUACAUCUACGAGCUUAUUGUACAGUGUAAGUGAUGAUCCAAUUGUACCGUAAAAGUCCUCUUCAAAAUAGGUGGACAUGUAUAACUGCAACAUCAGUGGUCACCUGUGAACUCUGUAAUAUUGUUAUUUGACGAAAGUAGGAUAUAUGGACAGUUGCUCCGGUUGAUCUUAGACAUGUGUGACGAAAGUUAUUACCAUCA